AUGGAGGGUGAUUGCCUCAGCUGUAUGUAGUACCUGAUGUUCAUCUUCAACUUCCUCAUCUUUCUCGGAGGCUCCUUCAUGCUGGGUGUUGGUGUUUGGGUGCUGGUUGACCCGAUGGGCUUCAAAGAAAUUGUGGCAGCCAACCCCCUGCUGUUUGCGGGGGUCUACGUCAUCUUGGCCAUUGGAGCGAUGCUCUUCCUGCUGGGCUUCCUGGGCUGCUGUGGAGCAUUACGGGAAAACCAAUGUCUGCUUCUUUUUUUCUUCAUGUUCAUCCUUUUCAUCUUCCUAGCUGAGCUGGCAGCUACUCUGCUGGCUUUCUUAUUCAGAGAACAUUUAACCAGAGAGUAUUUCACCCGGGAGCUAAAGCACCAUUAUCAAGGUUACAACAUCACUGACGUCUUCACCUCGACAUGGAAUGCCAUAAUGGCCACAUUUGACUGUUGUGGAGUAAGUGGCCCCGAGGACUUCAGCUUGAGUCUCUUCAGGCUCCUCAACCCCAACAAGAUGACUCCCGAUGCCUGUUGCCGAGGAAGCAACUACCAAGGACACAUGGAGCAUGUCAGCAUGAUGCAGUGCAUCAGUGGAAACCCCGCUUUUCAGAACAACAAGGGCUGUUACUCUGCACUGAUGGACUACUUUGAGACGUACAUUUACACAGCAGGAGCGCUCGCCAUUGUGGUGCUGACAAUUGAGCUCUUUGCCAUGGUCUUUGCAUUGUGUUUGUUUCGAGGCAUCCAGUAG